AAAUGAGAACGAUAGAAAGAGAGAGAGAAAGGGAGAGAGAGAAGGGAGCACUCUCUGCUCAAUUCCAUUUCCUACCAUUUCUCUCUGUUAUUCUCUUCCAUGGAAACCAUCUUCUCUCCUCACUCUUUCUGUCCUCUCUUUGGCGCAAAAUCUUACUCCUCAAAGAUCCUUCUGUCUGCCUCUCUUCAACCCAGAUCAAAUUCUGUCUACUUCAAACCCAUCAAUUCAAGUCUCAAGAAACCAUCUCCUUCAUCAGUAGCUACCCCACUUUCAAUCCCCAGAAGCUGGGUCUCCCAUGUCCACCAAGGAUUAGCAGCUUUAGCACUCACUCUUGCUAUCAAUUUUUGCCCGAUUUCGCCCAGUGGUUCAGCAAUUGCAUCAGAAUUCGAUGUCCUCAGUGAGGGCCCACCGACGGAAUCAUAUGUUGUAGACGAUGCGGGUGUCCUUAGCCGUGUGACAAGAUCUGAUUUGAAACAGUUACUUUCGGAUUUGGAAUCCAGAAAGAACUUUCACAUAAAUUUUAUCACAGUUCGCAAGCUUACUAGCAAAGCUGAUGCUUUCGAGUAUGCUGACCAAGUUCUGGAGCGUUGGUAUCCCACCAUUGAAGAAGGCAACAACAAAGGGAUUGUAGUGCUUGUUACUAGUCAGAAAGAAGGGGCGAUCACAGGUGGGCCUGCAUUCAUCAAGGCUGUUGGUGACACUGUUCUUGAUGCAACCGUAUCAGAAAAUCUUCCCGUCUUGGCUACGGAUGAAAAGUACAAUGAAGCUGUGUAUAGCACAGCCAAACGGCUUGUUGCUUCCAUUGAUGGGCUCCCAGAUCCUGGAGGGCCCAAGUUCAAUGAGAACAAGAGAGAAUCGAACUUCAAGACCAAGGAAGAGACAGAGGAGAAACGUGGACAGUUCAGUCUUGUUGUUGGAGGUUUGUUGGUGAUUGCCUUUGUUGUUCCUAUGGCACAAUACUAUGCUUAUGUCUCCAAAAAGUAAGUUUGAUGUGUACAAGAGCUAGUUGUACAAAUUCUUGUGUAGAGUGACCAAUUGACUUGAAGUUGCCCACUAGAGGAUAAUAAUAGUUUUUUGCAUUAUCUAUAUAAAUAAAUGUUAUUCUAAAAUUACUCUGUUUA